AUGAUGGCUUUCUCCAGGGGGCCUGUUUUCCUCCUCCUCCUCCUGUACCUGUUUCAGAUGUCAGACACUUCCUUGGUAAGGCUGAAUGAGAAUGGUUAUGAAGACAUCAUUAUUGCCAUUGAUCCUGCUGUGCCAGAAGAUACAACAAUAAUUGAAAGCAUAAAGGCAAUGGUGACUAAAGCAUCUACGUACCUUUUUGAAGCGACAGAAAAAAGAUUUUUCUUCAAAAAUGUGUCUAUAUUAAUUCCUGAGAGUUGGAAACACAGUCCCCAGUACAGGAGGCCAAAACAGGAGAGUUACAAGCAUGCUGACAUUAAAGUGGCACCUCCCGCCUUUGAGGGCAGAGAUGAGCCCUACACCAGGCAGUUCACAGAGUGUGAAGAGAAAGCAGAAUACAUCCACUUCACCCCUGACUUUGUACUGGGGAGAAAACAAAAUGAAUAUGGAGAUUCAGGAAAAGUGUUGGUCCAUGAAUGGGCCCACCUUCGCUGGGGAGUAUUUGAUGAGUACAACGAAGACCAGCCAUUCUACAGUGCUUCAUCAAAGAAAAUCGAAGCAACAAGGUGCUCCACAGGUGUCACGGGUAUGAAUAGAGUCCAUACAUGCCAAGGGGGCAGCUGUAUAACCAGAAGGUGCAGAACUAAUUCCACCACAAAGUUAUAUGAAAAGGAUUGUCAAUUCUUCCCUGAUAAAGUUCAAUCAGAAAAGUCAUCCAUAAUGUUCAUGCAAAGUAUCGUUUCUGUGACUGAAUUCUGUAAAAAAGAAAACCAUAAUCGAGAGGCUCCAACUCUACAUAAUGAAAAGUGCAAUUUGAGAAGCACAUGGGAAGUAAUCAGUAGUUCUGAGGAUUUUAACAACAGCAUCCCCAUGGAGACGCCACCCGCUCCACCCUUCUUCUCCCUGCUGAGGAUCAGUGAGAGAAUUGUGUGCCUCGUUCUUGAUGUGUCUGGGAGUAUGUCUACUUACGAUCGUCUGAAUCGAAUGAACCAAGCAGCAAAAUACUUUCUAAGCCAGAUAAUUGAAAAUAAGUCCUGGGUAGGGAUGGUUCACUUUAGUAGCCAGGCCACUAUUAUGCAUGAGCUGAUCCAAAUAACCAGUGACAUCGAGAGAAACAAGCUCUUGCAAACCUUACCUACAAAUGCCGAUGGAGGGACGUCCAUCUGCUCUGGAAUCAAGACUGCAUUUCAGGUAUUUAAAAAUGGAGAAUACCAAACAGAUGGGACUGAGAUCUUGCUGUUGAGUGAUGGGGAGGACAGCACAGCCAAAGUCUGUAUUGACGAGGUGAAAGACAGCGGGGCCAUAGUUCAUUUCAUUGCCUUGGGACCAUCGGCUGACUUAGCUGUAACAAACAUGAGCAUUUUAACAGCAUCCUUACAGCCGACGGUCAACAGCAGCAUUUUCCAGAAAACUACAGAACUUGAAAGUAAGGGUGCCAUAUUGACCAAUAGUCUCUGGCUCAAUGACACUGUUGUAAUUGACAGCACCGUGGGAAAGGACACAUUCUUUCUUAUCACCUGGAGUAAACAAGCCCCUGCCAUUUAUCUCAGGGAUCCCAAAGGAACACAAAUCAACAAUUUCACAAUGGACACAGCUUCCAAAAUGGCCUAUCUCAGUAUCCCAGGAACAGCUCAGGUGGGAAUUUGGACUUACAACCUGGAAGCCAAACAAAAUUCAGAGAUACUAACGAUUACAGUAACCUCUCGGGCAGCAAAUUCUUCUGUGCCACCAAUCACUGUAAAUGCUAAGGUAAACACGGACACUAACACUUUCCCCAGCCCAAUGAUUGUGUAUGCAGAAGUUCUACAAGGGUACACCCCCAUCAUUGGAGCCCGCGUGACAGCCACCAUAGAAUCUAACAGUGGAAAGACAGAAGAGCUAGUCCUGCUGGACAACGGUGCAGGGGCUGAUGCUUUCAAGGAUGAUGGGGUCUACUCCAGGUUCUUCACAGCUUAUUCAGUGAAUGGCAGGUAUAGCUUAAAAGUCCGUGCAGAUGGAGGAACAAACACUGCCAGGAGGAGUUUACGCCAUCCGUCAAGCAGAGCUGCAUACAUACCAGGCUGGGUAGUGGAUGGAGAAAUUCAAGGGAACCCACCCAGACCAGAAACGACUGAGGCUACUCAGCCAGUCCUGGAGGAUUUCAGCAGGACAGCGGCUGGAGGUGCCUUUGUGAUGUCCAAUGUUCCAAGUGAUCUAUCGCGUGAUCUGUACCCACCAAAUCGAAUCACAGACCUCCAGGCCACACUCAAUGGGGAAGAGAUCAGUCUAACAUGGACAGCCCCAGGAGAUGAUUAUGAUGUUGGAAGAGUUCAACAGUAUAUCAUAAGAACAAACGAAAAUAUCUUUGACCUCAGAGACAAUUUUAAUAAUUCUCUUCGGGUUGAUACAACAAACCUUACACCAAAAGAAGCCAACUCCAAAGAAACCUUUGCCUUCAAACCAGAAAAUAUCUCAGAAGAAAAUGGAACCUACAUAUUCAUUGCCAUUGAAAGUGUCGACAAAAGCAAUUUGAGUUCAGGACCAUCCAACAUCGCACAAGUAGCACUGUUCACUCCUCAGGCAGAGCCUGUCCCUGAUGAAAGUCCACGUUCAUCAGGAGUUAGUAUUUCUACUAUUGUGUUGUCUGUGGUGGGAGCUGUUGUACUAGUUUGUAUUAUUGUAAGUACCACUAUUUGUAUCUUAAAGAACAAAAGGUCCUCAUCAGGAGCUGCAACAACAUUUUGA